CCAACCACUUACCUCUUUUCUCUCUCACCCUACCCAAUUUCUGUCCGGGAGUCGACCCAAAAUGAAGACAGACCUUGAAAUCGCCGGGUUCGGCAUCUUACCCCUGCGGUUCCCCGAAUCCGCGGGCCACUCCAAGCCUGCCACCCACUACCUCUACCUCCGGGCCCACGAGCCUCGCAUCCCAGAUGUCGACACCCCGCGAUCCAUGUUCAUCGUCAACGUGCCGGUCGACACAACGGAGACACACCUGCGCCAUCUCUUCGGCACGCAGCUAUCCGCCGGCCGCAUCGAACGGGUAGAAUUCGAAGCCGCCCAGACAAAGAAGAAGGGCAUGCAAGCGACACCGCAAGGCAACAUCGCGACCAGCAAGAAGCGCAAGCGAGUCACCGCCGACGAGCUCCAAAGCCAGCUGGAUGACAUCACUUUCCCGUCUACCUGGGACCGCCAACUGCAGAAGAGCGGCGCUCACGCCAUCGUGGUCUUCGCCGACAAGCCCAGCAUGGAAGCCAGUCUGAAAGCCGCGCGGAGGGCCGCCAAAAAGAACACCCCGAUUGUCUGGGGCGAGGGUAUCGAGGACCGGAUCCCCGCGCUGGGGCUGUCGCGGUAUGUGGCGCAUACACAACGUCGGUACCCUGAGCGGGCGGAGCUGCUGCGGACGGUCAAUGACUACAUGACGGUGUUUACGCAGGUGGCGGAGACGAGGAAGCGUGAGGAGGCUCGGCGGGCACAGGAGCCCGACGAGGAUGGGUUUAUCACUGUUACCAGUGGGCCGAAGCUGGCUUCGACGGCUCAUGAGGAUGAGGCGAAGCAGUUGAUUGAGAAACAGAAGCAGAAGUCUCUGGGAUUGGAGGACUUUUACCGCUUCCAGUCGCGUGAGAAGAGGAAGGAGGUGCAGAAUCGCUUGCUUAGGAAGUUUGAUGAUGAUCGGAAGAAAUUGGCGGAUAUGAAGCAGCGGAAGGGGAAGAUUGCGCCUGAGUAAUGAUGGGCUCGUCACUGUGUUCGGCAUCGGUUCUGUUUAGCAUGGCGUUUGGGAGGGUUGUCGAAAAAGUGCGUUCAAGUGGUAUUGGCUUGGGGAUAGUGAUGUGAGUGUCCCUUUUUUUUUUUCUUCUUCUUCUUCUGUCCUCCUUUUGUUUUGAAUCCGC